AUGGCACCUAAAAAGACUGUAUCACAUGAAGAGAAGCUAAAGCUUUUGUGUUCUUGGUUCCAAUCUACACAUGAUUUCUACACCUUGAAGGAAAUCGAACAAAAAGCGAGCAAGGCUUGCAAAAUCCCGGGCAUGCAAGUGAAGGAGUUGGUAUCAAAUUUGGUUGACGAUGGGUUGAUCCAGCAAGAGAAAAGUGGAACAACCAAUUUGUAUUGGUCGUUCAUUUACACUGACAAGAAGACCAAAAUAGACAGAGCCAAACGUUUGAAGCAUGAUUUGGAGAGUAAAAAGAAACAGCGUGAGCAGUUGAAACAGGAAAUGCAAGCAUUGCAGGUAGAACGGAGUGUUGAGGCAGUUCCCGAGAGGGUAAGCCAGCUUCGAGAGUUAGGAUCUAUACAAGCUGAAAUUAAUCAACUAAUGGAACAGAACAAUCACCUCCAACGGCAUAAAGAGAUUGAAAAAUUGCAAGCAGGUAUUGAAUUCUUCGCAGACCUGAUUGAGAUAAUGCUCUCUUGGCUAUCUGAACAAUCCGGAAUCAAACAGUCAGAGCUCAGAAAAGAGAUGGGUAUUCCAGUAGACUUGGAAGAGUAUGCAUUAAAUCCGACAUGA